AUGACGGAAAAUCUUUUGAUUACUGAAUUCCAGUCGGUUAAUUUGCACAGCUACCCCGCAUCUGAUAAGGCACUAAACAAAAACAAACCGCUUAAAAAACAUUCAUUGAAUAUACCCCCUCCAUUGUCGUCGUCGUCCUCGUCGUCGUCCUCACCAUUACCAAUAUCAUUACCAUUACCAUCGCCACCACCGUCAUCACCGUCACCACCAGAUACAAGGAAAUUCAAUUUCAUUUGCGUGUUUCUCAAUCAUAUCUUGAAUUUGCAAAAUCCGAGUAUAAUACUUGAAAAAUCAAAAGACUUUGAUUUUUUCCAAAAAUUUAACAAGUCAAUCGAAGAGAGAAAUGAGCAAAUGUCUGAAAUAUUAGGCAACAUUGCAUUCUCAUCGGAGAUUUGGUUAAGAGACGAGGUUAUUUGCAAAGACAUCAAAUUCAAAAUAACCAUAUUGAAUGAAGUUAACACAAUGAUGGAGAGUGAACUUGCAAAUAUAAAUGAUCAAUCAUCGUUUGAUGAAAUCACCUUGAAUUACUACGCUAAAUUGUUGAUGGCGUAUAAGGUAUAUGACCUACCUAUAAGGAUAAACCUGAACAACAACAACAGCAGCAGUGGCUUAUCACAAGAUCAGAUUAAAGAAGAGUUUGAAGAUCACGGAGAAGGGUUCAAAAAUGGGAAGUCUACUACUUCCGAGUUCCAUUUUGGACAGUUGGAAAAACCUAUAUAUCGAACUCAUUCAAAUCAAUCUCAAGGCUCAUUAAAAGCAAAAAAUAAAAAGGGUAGUGGCGGCAAUAAUAACGCCAUCCUUUCGAAAAAGAGGUUUUCUUCAUUUCUCAGCCUGAGUCAUGGUAAAACUAGCCAAAACCAACCUGAGAGAUCAUCAUCAACUCCAAGCACACCUCCACAGCGUCAUUUAUCUCAAUUCCAAUCACUGCAAUCUUGUCAGAUCUAUAGUAACAAUUGUAAUAACAGUAAUAAUAAUAAUAACAAUAAUUAUAAUAAUAAUAACAAUAAUAAUAAUUAUAAUAACAACAACAAUAACAAUAACAAUAACAAUAACAAUAACAAUAAUAAUAACAAUAAUAAUAACAAUAGUAGUGACACCAGCCCAGUACGACCAAUUUAUCAUAUACGCCCACAACUGCAAGAUGGAACCAAUGCAAGCGCAAUAAAUUCAAUUUUAUCCAAACUGAAAAUUUAUAACCGUAUGAGAAGAAAUCGAGAGCUGACAGCGUCGGUCAAUUCUAAUUUGUCACAACAAAGUCCACUUAGCAAUAGAAGUAGUAUAAGCACAACAAACACAGGUAACACCUCCCUCGGUUCGAGAAGGAGAAGCUCGGGUAUCAAUGUGACCCCAUUGAAUUCAAAUAAUAUAAAUGGCUCUUCUUCAUCGUUCAUUUCAGCAAACACUUUACUUGGAUCUACUACUCAUCAGUAUGAACUAUUUAUAACUUUGGAACAACGUCAAGAAAACGCGAAAAACAAGUAUGAAUAUUAUAUACAACUAUCUAAGCUCACUAGAAAUGCAGAAAGGGUUCUUAAAGUGAUGGUGAAUUUGCAUAACAUCAAUAACAAACUACUAAGGUUUAUUCAGUUUAUCAAAAAAAAAUUACUUAAAUUCAUCAUUACUGAUGUUAUGAGUAUGAUUUUGAGCUAUGGUGAAUGGAGAUGUUGUAAUUUUUAUAAUAUAGGACGAUAUUGA